AUGGAUUUACCAGAAUUCCCGCCGAGGAUGUUUACAUUAGGAGAAGAGCCUGAUGCAAUCAGGAGCAUUUCGUAUCAUUCUGAUGACACGAAGUUGUUUAAAGCUCUAUGUGAUUGUCUCACAGCUGACGAAUAUGAGGAUCUGAAGGCGUCGAAGUUAGGAGUGUUCAUCAAAUUCAAGGAGCUUGACUUUGGUUGGACUUCAAGGCUGGUACAUUUUAUGCUCUCUUUCCAGCUAGACAUCAAGAAGAAGUUUGAGCUCUGGAGUCUUGUCGUUUCACAACCUGUGAGGUUUUCACUGAUAGAGUUUGAAUACCUCACUGGGCUGAACUGCGAUUACAUCAAGGACCUGGAAAAUCCAAGGUGUGAGGUUACGACGGAGAUGGCUGCUUUCUGGGAGAAGAUGGGUGUUGAUAUCGAUACUGGGCCAAGUAUUGAUCAGAUAACAGAAGCAUUUUACAACUGCGACGAGUGGUCUCGGGAUGAUCGCAUGCGGCUGGGAUACCUUGCCAUCUACGCAGGGUACAUCGAAGGGAAAAAGUUCUCAUCCGCUACAUCAGCUAGUCUUGCAAGGCUAGUGAUGGAUUUAGAAAAAUUUGAGAAUUAUCCAUGGGGGAGAGUGGCGUUUAAGGUGCUGAUGGAUUCUCUGAAGGCAAAAGACUUGACGCAAACUGGUUACACUGUUGAUGGGUUCAUACAAGUGCUCCAAGUGUGGGCGUACUAUGCUCUGCCAGAAUUGGGUGCUAAUUAUGGGUCUCCCGUACCAAACAGACCGUCUCCACUGUUGCUGGCUUACAAGGGUGGCAAAAGACAACGCAAAUUUUUUAAGGCUGCUAUCAAUAAACAGACUAUCGUGAAGAACUUCGUUCAGAAGGAUUUUGAUGAAAUGUUUCCAAAAUGGGACGGAGACGUAGAUGACCCUGCCGCGGAUAACAUAAUUAAAGUCAUGUUUAAUGAUCCUGGAUGGGAGUGGACCAUGGAAUGCUGGCCAGUCACCGGUACUCGCAAGGUUGUGAAGAUGGAAGUGAUUCCAGUGAAGAAUGAAGUGAGUCCCGUGAAGUCAGAGAGUGUUGUGAAGGAAGAAAGUAGCAGACCUCGGAAGAAAGCUCGUAAAGGGUCUUCUGUUUCUGCUGAGAAACCUGCGGCGGGUAGUGAAGGUCAGCAGAUUGAAAAGACCUUGAAGGACAUAUCUGAUGCCAUUAAUCUUGGCUUUGGGACGUGUCUUAAGGAGCUCAAGUUACUGGCGGAUAGGAUUGAAGCUGUGGAGAAGAAGGUGGGAAUCACCAACAGAGGGGGUUCAUCUGAUGAUCGUCAACUUACAACCACUUCAAAUCCACCAAAACCUGUUGACGAACCCGGGGUUAGUACCAAAACCUCUCCCAAAAUUGCAGAGAAGAGAGUCACUAGGCAAUGUGUUAGGAAGAGUCAGGACUGAUGUGAUUUGUUUCUUGUGUGCUUUGAUGAACAUGUGUGCUUUGUUUCUAGUGUGCUUUGAUGAACCACUGUAUGCCUUGAUUCUGAACAUGUGUGCUUUGUUUCUAGUGUGAAUUUGAUCUUUUGUUAAUAGUUUUUAAACACACUGUGAACUCGAAAUUGCAGAGUGAAAGUGUGAAUGGGGCGAAAGCAGGACAGAAGGAAGCCAAAGAACCGAGUCUUACUACAGAACCG